CAUAGUAAUUUACCGGAAGUAGAUGAUGGAGUUAGGAGGAGAAAGAUGAAGUCGAGAAUGGCGGAGAACUCCGAGUAUUUCAGUAUAGGAAGUACUGUUCGUAUUGUUACUUGCCACAAUGUCGAAAUGAGGGGAGAAGUUGUUGCUUUUGAUGUUGGAACUAAAUUUCUUAUUUUGAAGUCUCCAACUGCAGGGAAACACGGUGCCUUUGACAUGAAGGUUGUUAAUCUGAAUCUAGUAUCAGACUUGUGUGUAGUCAGUGAAGGUCCGUCUUCUCCACCACCUCUAGGUUCUGUUAAUAUUGCAAAGGUUCAGUCUCGUGUCAAGCAGAGCUUGGAUGAGAAAAUGCGACAGCUUAAUUUGGUGGGCAUAGACGUUACUCCAGAAGGACAGCAGCUUAUGAACAGUAUAUCAAAAACGAUAGUUGAUGUACGAUGGGAAAAUCAAAAUAUUGUGGUCAUGAACACAGUUGUCAUCAAACCACCCUAUCGAGUGGAUGACUGCAAAGUGUUUAAAGAAUGUCCUGGAAAUGCUCAAGUCCUUGCCCACAUUAGCAAAAUUGUGGAAAAGCACCAUAGUGAUGAGAUGAAUCGUCAGGCCCAGUUACAGAAUGACUCCCAGAAAUCCACAUCCCCUUCUCCUGCCCCCUCAUCUCCAGCGUCUUCAGCAUCGUGAAGUAUGGGAUGUUGCCAGCUCUGCCUCCAUAUGGCAUUUUUCUAACCAGAAAAUUAGUUACAUUCUAGAGUUUUGAGUAGCCUCAGUGCACAACAUUGACCAGUCCUGCCCAUUCAUGAAUGCCAUCAAACAACAUGGAUCUCUUUGGCAGCCCAUAAAAUCACAACUUCAUUUCAGAUAGUACUCUACUUUUUCCUUUUGCUGGGGAAGGGGAUUGGGCUCUAGAAGUUGCAUUUCUUUUUUUGUUAUACUGUGACAUAAAUUAAGGCUUUGUAUGCAUGUGAUGCAUGUCUUUAGCAACCUAUGACCAGAUAGGGAAAUUUUUCCUGUGACGACUAAUGUCUAGAAGAAAGUUUUAUUAUACCAAAGACUGCAUUUUUAAAAUAUAAGCAUAAGGAAACAAACAAAAAAUCUGUGUAAAGAAUAUUUGAAGAGUAUUACUAAGAAAAUUGAAUAGCUUGACAGCAUUUGAGAUUGUAGGGUCCUGUCUGUAAUCAGGACCUUUUAAACUUCUGUGAAAUACUUGUUAUGAUUUAUUAAUGCAAGUCUGUGUAAUGACCAUGUGAGUCUGUCUUCAUUACCACCAUUAUGCAUUUUUCUAUUUUCCUUGGCUCUUUUGUCACCUUUGAUUUAGAGUAGGACAAUGCAAUUAAAAAUCAUGAAUUGAUAAAUAAAAAUCUUGUGUUUCAUAUUCCUUUUAGUAUUACUAAUUCUUCUGUUAUUUUCUUAAAUUGUUAAAAGAGUCAUUUAAAAGAAACAUUUCUUUGUGACCAUAUGGCUUUCCACCUUCACCAAGAAGCACGACACCUAUAUAAAGAAAUGGAUAGUUUUGGGGUUUUUUUUAUUCCCCACCAGUCCUUUAGUCAUUUGUUUCUUAAGGGAGCAUCUGGAUUGACACGGCAGCUGACUAAGUCCACCAUUUAUACCUGUUUUGGAUUAUAGUGAUCAGAUCUUUCACAGGAUGACCAGUCUUUGAUGUUUGUAAGCUAGUUCUUUCUCUGGCCACCAUGGCAUGGACCACCCUCCAAGGUACCUUAAAGAACAGUCUUUGACAUGGUGUCAUGCCAUGGCACAUCACCAAACUUGACCAGCUUAAAUUUUUUUAUUGUUCCAAGUAGACGUUCCUGGUGUCCUAAAAGUGUGGCAGCCAUGCUUCAUUGGUUAUAUGUUCUCUGUACGAGAUCCUAAGCAGCCUUCUUAGGCACUUGCUCUUUAAUGCCUGGAUUCACUCAGUAUUGGCUAGCAAAGUCCAUGUUUCACAUCCUAGAGCAGCACUACAAAGGAUGUGUACAGAUUGUACUUUGUAGUAAACCUGAUGCUAUGCUAUUCUUAGACUCUGUCCAGCCUAGCUAUUGCCGCUGUUGCAGAUGCGAUCCUGAUGCAAAUAUCUGUUUUGGAGCUGCCAUCCUUGGAGAGGGUAAUUUUUAAGUACUUCAAGCUUCUUACCUCUUCAAGCUGUAUCCUGUUCAUGUUGGUCUCUGCUUUGCCUUUGCCAGUGAUCACAACUUUGUUCUUACCAGUGUUGGUCUCCAUUCCAUGUUUUCAAACUUUCUGUCUAUAUUGGUGGAAAUCCAUUCUACUAGAACUUGAGCCAAGAGGUCUAGGUGUCAAGAUGACAAAUCCACAUAAUUUCUUCUCAGGGAUGGCUUAAUGUUAAAUGCUUCCAUAAGAAAGCAAAAUAUGUGGGUGAUUUCCCCUUAACCCCCCUCCCCAAAUGAUGAAACUGAAAUUACCACACAAAUUCCUCAAGAUAUUAACAAGAAAAAUAGAAAUCUAAGAGUAAUGUUUACUUGCUUGCAAUUCAAAUGUUAGUGUUUCCUCACCCCCACUAAAGCAAAAGAACAAUGAAGGGCAAAAUGUCUAACAUUCCAAAGUUGGUAGGUAGCAAUUUGCAUCAUGAAAAACCUAGUAAGUUUUGAAAAGUUUUGCAUCGUUCAUAAUUCACAUACUGCACAUGUUCUAUGUGUGUUCAGAUGCUACAGCUAUUUGUGCUUGGUAUUUUUGGACUUGACAUAGCAGUCUUGAUGACUUGUUGGAUUCUUGCAUUCUUAUAAACAUAAGAUUGUUCAAUUUAACUCAAUCCUGUCAUAUAUAAAUAGUUGUUAAGUGAACAACUUAAUAAGAAAUUUACUCCAUUUUUGAGUGCAGUAAUUUCUUUUCUUGAGCUAAAAUACUCAGGAAUUCUGGAAUUAAAAAAAAAAUUCAAAUAACUAAGUCAACCCUUUGAUGAACAGGAAAUGGUGUGCCUUUCUGAAACUGGCAUAUCAGUACUCAAGGACUGAGUUAAUUGAACCGUUUAAGCUUGUGGAAGAAGUUAUUGGGUUGACAAUCUCUGUAUAAGAAAAAUUGAAGAAAGUCAUUGCAAAACUGAAUGAACCCUUUUUGGUGUCACUUGAGUUGAGACUGGUUGUAGAAUUUGUAAAGUGGCAUCACUCCACAACAAAACAUAGUGAACUACUUGAACCAUUUCAGACCUAUGUUUUAGAUGCUAUUACAAUUAAACAAUCAUUUAGUAACCCAAAAUUUUUAUUGGACCUGAUCCAGAACAUCACUAAGCCCAACUUACCAUUUUCCUUGCUUUUCCCUUUAACCUGUCAGCAGUUUUGAGUUAACUUGAAGUUCAUCAUGUUUUCUUUAACUAUAAUGGCAGAAGUAGUCCUGUAAUCUUUUGCUCAUAGGAUAGAUAUGUUAUAGAAAUAAUACUUUUCUUGGUGCCAACUUGUUUUUAAUAGUGUCCAUCUCUACUUCCUUUACUGCCUUACCUUUCUCAACUCUCAGCUAGCACCUGUCACCAAUACAGUGAAGGUUGGCUAUCCUGGGUUCAGUUCUCAUCUAGGACAUGCUGUUCUUUCUCUGCAUGUGGCAUCUCUUUACAGGGCUGGCUACCUUGCCACGAUAUAGCCUUAGUUACUGGCUUGGCACAAAACACCCCCCGGAUAGUCAAGUGUUUAGAGCGCUGACAUCCAAACUGAGUGCGCACCGGUUCAAUGCCUGAAUAGUGCAGCAAACCUAGCUGGUGGGAAUUGGUACCUGAUCCAUAGAGGGUUAGGGAAAGUAAAGCUGCAAGGGAGAGGAGAUGGGCACUGCCCUCAUAUUGCUGGCCCUGAGAAAAGUGAGGUCUCUAACACUUCAACCCCCAGUGACCUGAAAAGAUUAGGGAAUGACCUUAUAAAACACCGAUUCCCUUCCCAACUCUUUCAGUUGGGUCUUUAGAAAUGCUCUGUGCAAUAAAGGGUAUUGAACCAAGUGUGUGCCUCAAGCCUCAGUAGUGGUGCUCUACUUGGCUAACAGCUUCUCAGUUCCCUUUAAUGUUUGCAGUAGAAAACAUGGAUUUCAUCUACUCAACCACGGCAUCUUGGUGUAAAAUUAAAUGUGUUGUGUUCCAGAUGAUUCUGAAAAUAUGUAAGCAUGGAAUUAUAAUUACUAAGUGACAUUACAAAUGAAAAAUACAGUUUUGCAAGCUUUCAUGAUACAAACAUCAAAAUGUUGAUGGAUGGAAAAGCCAGCUUGCUAUUAUUUGAUCAUCUUGCUAUAUUUGACAGUGAUUUGCUUAAUUUUACUAGCUCUUUAGUUUAACAUUUCUGAUGUGAAUUUUUUUUUCUCUUAGUUUGUUGCAAAGUCAUUUUUGUUGAACUCACUGCCUCCUUCUCAUGUGUUGUCCGUCAGACUUUGUGUAAUGUACUUCAGAGUUUAAAGAAAUGAAUAUAUUUAAAACCCUAUAGAUGCUCCAAGUCAUACAGUGUUAUCAUAAUAAUGAAUGUUAGUCAUUAGCAGUACUUGGGUCAGAUGCACUCACACCAGGUGAAUAAUAGUGAUAAUUGUGAUGUGGACUUAACAAUGUGAAGCUGGUGGGUUGAAAUAUUUUUUUUGUAUUUUAUCUUUGAUACAUUAAAACUGUCCAUCUUGAAAUGUUUGGUGAGGAACAAAAAAAAAUGGUUAUAGAUAGACCUCUGCAUACACUGCCGUGCACAUGAAGAUGGUUAGAGUGAGCAAACAAAAACUUCGUAAAUUGAUGAACCCACGUUUAUGCUAAUUAAUUUUUAGACAGUUGUUCAGGCAGCUUGGUACGCUUGUCAUAAGGAAUGAACUAUGAUUUGAAAUUAGGUUUUUAACAGACGUGUUGAAUGUGACUUUUUUAUAAAUGAGCAUGCUCAAAUUUUGCAUAGUCAAAUAUUUGAUGAUGUGUCCAGUUGAGAACACCCUUCAGGUAUUCUGAGAGAUGACAUAAAUAAAUAGCUAGUUCAAACAAAGUAAAUACAACUUUAUUAGUCCACAAAUGGAAGGGAUCUUAGGUUUUUACAAUAUUUUACAAAAUCAUUCAUAUAGUUCUAUCUAAUGUUUAAAACACCUGCCAACAAAGUGGUUAACAUUUAAAGUUAGGGUCUUUAAGGUUUGAGGAGUGUGCCCUCUGGCCUUGAAAGAAAUUUCUAAAGCUGGAACCAGCAGUCAAUAGUCCUUAACUGCUUAGUUUAUGACAAGCCAUUAAACAUGUUGGCUGAAUGAGUUU